AUGGCGGACGAUUUGGAUGCGGAGCUGCUGGCUCUGGCUGGUGACUCGGAAGAGGAACACUCACCACCCCCUCAGAAAGAUGAAUCACUAGAACCCUCUGCCUCCCCUCACUCACCAGAUCGUGAUCAAUCACCGGAAACAAUGGGUCGCAAAGGAACCGCGAAGCCUGCUCGCCGGGGCAAGAAGCCUAGGAGAGAUGAAGAGGACGGUGAAGUGUCCGAAGCUGACUCCCAAGACUCUCUCCAGUCUGCUCCUAUGUCCGAGUCUGACUCUGAAGCUGGAGAUGCCUCCGACGACGAGGACCGCCCCAUCUUUCCUUACGACAAGCUCUACUACUCUGCAAAGGAAAAGCAAGAAAUCAUGGCAAUGCCAGAGAUUCAACGGGAAGAGCUGCUCUCCGAGCGUGCCCAGCAAGUGGAUCGGCACAACCAGGACUUGGCUCUGCGCCGACUGCUAGCCUCGCGUGAGCGUGAGGAAGCGCGUGCUGCCGCCAAACAGGCCAAGCGCAAGGCGGGUUCCGCCGGCCUCGAUGAUACUCAGCGCAAGAGUUCCCGACAGAAGACGACUCUGGGCGGCCGCAAAGUGGGAGAAACCUCUGGCGCUAUUGAGGCCUACAAGCGCCAGCGCGAGCAGAAGGGUAAGCGGGAUGAACUCCGCCGCCGAGAUACCACCCAGGCGCGCCGCCGAUCACGCUCUCAGGGUUCCGAUAUUUCCGAUGAGGAUGCAGAGGUUGAGAGUGACCUGGAUCUGGAUGAUCGCCGCUCUCCUUCGAUCCCCAAAGAUGACCCCCCGCCGACCUUCGCGACGUUCAGCGCGCUCGUCAACUUUGCGGAGGUUUGCUUCUACCCUGGAUUCGACGAUGCCAUUACUGGCUGCUACGCACGUGUCAACAUCGGGCCCAACAUGGAGACUGGCCAGAACGAGUACCGCCUUUGCUUGAUUCAGGGAUUCAGCAAGGGCAAGCCCUAUGCGAUGGAGGCCAAGAAUGGCCGUCCUUUCGUUACCGACCAGUAUGCUAAGUUAGCGCACGGGAAGGCCGUACGGGAAUUCCCGUUCAUUGCUUGCUCCGACUCUCCUAUCACCGAAGCCGAAUAUAGCCGUUACCGCAAGACCAUGGCAGUUGAAGACUGCAAGAUGGCCACACAGAACAAGCUGGCGUCCAAGGUUGCGGACAUCAACCGUCUUAUCAACCACCAGUUUACCGCUGAGGAGCUGAGCCACAAGUUGCGUAAGCAGGGUGCCCUGGACGCCAAGUCGGACAUCCUUCGACGCGCCGAUCUCGAGCGCGACCUGAAGUUCGCCAGAGCCAACGGCAACACGGAGGAGGCUGAGAGGCUUCAGCAGGAACUGGAUUCGACGAUGAACCUCAACCUGUCCUGGGGGACGUCCCUUCUCAAGCCGCAGCCAGCCUCGGACAAGAAGCUCUCCGAAGCCGAGCGAGUCCACCAAAUCAACCUUCGCAAUCAGAAACUCAAUUACGAGAACGUUCGGCGUGCCCAGCUCGAGGAGCGCAAAGUUGCUCGCAAGGCGGCCGCCGCCGUCGCUCGCGGCGAGGCUACUGCAGAUCCCUUUAUGCGUGUUCGCACUAUUGCCAAGACACACCAUGACGUCUCCGACAAGCCCAAGGAUGCUAAGGCUGCUGAUGAUAUCCUGACUGAAACACCCAAAGACUCACCAAAGACUGGCACCGAUAGUCCUUCGCAAGCGGCGACGUCCUCUGGCGUCACACCCAAGAAGCCCAAGAGCGGGUUUAUGAUCAGCUAUCGCAACACCGAUGACGAGAACAUCGCUGCCCUGGACAUGGAUAUCGACAUUGAUAUCUAG